AUGUCUGAGUUCCUUCUGCUCUUCCUCAUCAUCUUUCUUCUUCUGUGCUUACUGACGACCGUGGGGCUCUACCUGAUCUGCUCGGGCCUCCUGUUUGACGUGGAAGUGAAGACGGGACCACCCCCGAUUAAAAAUGUGACCUUUGCUUAUAAGUUCAAAGAAGGAGCCUACAAAGACUGUGGGUCAGCUUUCACAGAGACGUGCAGCAUUGGACCAAAGCAGAGGACCAUCGCUAUCUUCUAUGAUGACCCCAAACAGAGGCCACUGAAGUGUCGCUACGUUGUGGGCAGCAUUCUGUGUGAGGGUGAAGAGAAACCAGAUGAAGACCUAAAGAAGCUUUAUGAGAAAUUUGGCUUCAAGAUGUUUUGUCUACCUGAAGUGAACCAUGCUGUGACCACCAGCUUCCCCUACACCACCUCAUUUUCCUACAUUCUGGGACCUCACAAGGUGUACCCGAGGCUCAAAUCUUACAUUGAGGAAAGAAAGCUGUCAGCCUUCCCAAACAUUGAGAUUUGUUGCUCGUCAGUCACCAAUUAUAUGGUGCCACUCUCCCGCCAGACUGAUUUCUUUGUCCCCGAGAUGAGGGAUGAGGCCAAAGCUGAUGUGAAAGAGGAAGACUCUGAUGAAGACCGAGGAACUGAUAUUACAGGUGCAGACUCUCACAGCGAUGCCAGCUCAGGAAGCGGCGGCCUCCCUUGGGACAGCCGAGAGACAUCCCUGGCCGCGUCCACGGCUGCCUCCUUGGCUUCAUCUCUCCCUCUAAGGGACGUGGAGGACGCGCAAGGAGACGCUAAGCGUAGAGACGGCAGCGAGCGAGGCUCCGAGGACUCGCUGGCCAGCGGCUCGUCCUUCGAGGAGCUCGACAUGGAUCAAGAGGAGCAGGCAGGAAAGGAGGAGGAAGAGGUCCCCGAGUGCGGUGAUAAAAAAUCGGAUGAACUUUUGCAAGAAGAGAAGGCAGAGAAGUUGCCUUCAGUGGACGACGGCAAGGAGUGA